CAAAAAUUCGGGACUGGGCCACCCUGUCUCGAACCAGAAGCGACCCCAUUGACAACUCUACCUCAAAACUCAAAUCUAUCAUCACUCACCACACGUUGAAACAAAAGAAAGCAAGACUCUGAACAGUCUGAAAACAGACCACCCAUUCCGACGGGAAACAAAAAUAUUCGACAAUUGAUUCCAUUUCCUACUAGGAUUGGCGUAUUUAUCCUGUCUCCGCAAUUGCCGAGGUGGGUUUGUUCUGAAAAUGGCGAUCAGAGCACCCAUUACUGGGUUAAGCAUGUCAUCUUCACCAUCGUCUUCAUUACAGCUCUCUUCUAACAGACUUGUAGCCCUCAGGAGACCCCUGAAGACGUCUUUCCUUAAUGGUGGAGGCAUAUGGAUAACCUAUUCCCACAGACCCAAAUGUAUAGAUUGUGGUGGUGGAGCUCUUGGUGCCAGGAUGAACCUUUUUGAUCGAUUUGCUAGAGUUGUCAAAUCAUAUGCAAAUGCAAUAAUAAGCUCCUUUGAAGAUCCCGAGAAGAUUUUAGAACAAACUGUUCUUGAAAUGAAUGACGACUUGACAAAGAUGCGCCAAGCCACAGCACAGGUGCUGGCAUCUCAAAAGCGGUUAGAAAACAAAUACAAAGCUGCAGAACAAGCUUCUGAAGAUUGGUAUCGUAGGGCACAACUUGCUCUUCAGAAAGGAGAUGAGGAUCUUGCUCGUGAAGCUCUAAAGAGGCGUAAAUCUUAUGCUGACAAUGCAAGUGCUUUAAAGGCUCAGCUUGAUCAGCAGAGGAAUGUUGUUGAAAAUCUUGUCUCAAAUACUCGGCUUUUGGAGAGUAAGAUACAGGAAGCUAAGUCAAAGAAAGAUACUCUCAAAGCACGUGCUCAGUCAGCAAAGACUGCAACGAAAGUGAAUGAGAUGUUAGGGAAUGUUAAUACAAGUAGCGCUCUUUCAGCUUUUGAAAAAAUGGAGGAAAAGGUGUUGGCCAUGGAAUCCCAAGCUGAGGCACUUAAUCUGUUGACCACUGACGACCUUGAAGGAAAGUUUGCUUUGCUAGAGAGCUCGUCAGUUGAUGAUGACUUUGCGAAGUUGAAGAAAGAACUGUCUGGAAGCUCUUUGAAAGGAGAGCUUCCACCUGGUAGAGCAGCUGUUAGCAGCACAAAUGCAGGAUUUCCCAUUCGAGAUACAGAGAUUGAGAAGGAACUUAAUGAACUGAGGAGAAAGACCAAGGAAUUAUAAAUUUAGCACUGGUUACAUUGAAAGAAACCUUGCACUAAUGGCUAUUAUAUACAUGAAAAAUGGUUGUAAAGUUAAGAUCUUGAGUUCAUUUAGAAAUUGAAGUUGGCGGAUGGAAAAUUAUUGUCGAUGCAUGAAAGGGAGGAGCAAAUUAAAAUGAAUUGGGUGAUGUAUAGUGUGUCCCACACAUUCAGAGACGAGGUGGUUUUGUAUUUCCAAAAGUUCUUAUUUUGUUAUAUCCACAUGGGUCAUCUGGUGUAAAUAUAAUGAAUUAUGCUUUAGUCUAGA